CCAAAGAUACCAACAUCUCAUCAGAAUCUUGUGCUUUUGAACUGAGUAAAGAGAGAGGGAGAGGGAGAGCAGCACAGCAGGGAGAGCAAGCAAGAAUGGCGACUGAUUGGGUGUUGCAUCGUUCGACAUCCAUUAAUUUUCUGAGUUUUGUGGUUGUGCUGAGCUCUCUUUUGCUCGGCUGCAUCUGCUCUUCUUCUCCUGAUGAUGCUCAUCACACCAUUCGAGUCAGCUCUCUCCUGCCCGAGCCUUCUUGCAAAACCUCCCUCGCCCCUCAACAAGCUGAUGACAAAAGAUCAUCGCUAAGAGUGGUCCACAAGCACGGCCCAUGCUCCCAACUGGUACAGGACAAAGCAGAUGCACCAACCCAUGAUGAAAUCCUCCUCCGAGAUCAAUCAAGGGUCAAGUCGAUUCAAUCGAGGUUCACCAAAAUCACCAGUACCAGUACCAGUACCAGCACCAGCAAGACCGAUCGCGUAGGGGACUCGAAGGCUGAUCUUCCCGUUCAAUCGGGCAGCACGAUCGGCGCCGGCAAUUACAUAGUGACCGUGGGCCUCGGCACACCGAAAAAGGACCUGUCACUCAUUUUUGACACGGGUAGCGACCUCACUUGGACCCAGUGCGAGCCGUGCAUCAAAUACUGCUACAAGCAAAAGGAGCCAACUUUUAACCCUUCAGUGUCAGCAUCCUAUACGAACAUCACUUGUACCUCCUCAGUCUGCUCUGACCUCAUUUCUGCCACAGGCAGCACACCGGGGUGCUCGGCAUCGACAUGUGUCUACGGCAUACAAUAUGGAGACUCCUCGUACUCAGUCGGGUUCUUCGGAAAAGAGAAAUUGACACUGACGUCCACAGAUGCGUUUGACAAUUUUUUAUUUGGUUGUGGCCAGAACAACCGUGGCCUCUUCGGCGGGGCCGCGGGUCUGCUUGGACUCGGCCGAGACAAAGUCUCUGUAGUGCAACAAACCGGCACCAAGUACGGCAAGUAUUUUUCGUAUUGCCUACCGUCGUCAUCUAGCUCCACUGGACACUUGACCUUUGGCAAAGGCCGUGGAGUACCUAGUUCCGUAAAAUUCACACCCUUGGCUACAAUCCCGCAAGGUAAUAACUUUUACGGUAUCAACAUAGAAGGAAUAAGCGUUGCCGGGACUAAACUAUCGAUCUCCUCAAGUAUCUUCAGUAACGCCCCUGGGAUCAUAGACUCGGGCACCGUGAUCACUCGCUUGCCACCCACCGCAUACAGUGCACUCUCUAGCGCUUUCAAGAAACUGAUGUCAAAAUAUCCGACGGCACCCGCUCUUUCGAUCCUAGACACCUGCUAUGACCUCAGCAAGUAUAGCACGGUGGCAAUACCGAAAGUCAGCUUCAUUUUUAGCGGCGGGACUAACGUCAACUUGGACCCUUCAGGAAUAUUGUACGCUGCGAAGGCAUCGCAGGUCUGCCUGGCAUUUGCUGGGAAUGGGGACGACACGGACGUUCUGAUAUAUGGGAAUGUGCAGCAGCAGAGUUUCGAGGUGGUGUACGAUGUCGCUGGAAUGAAGCUUGGGUUCGGUCCAAAUGGUUGUGCCUGAAAAUGAGCUGGUGAUGGGGAGAAUCCCUGCACUAGCUCUUGAUGUUUGCUGAUGAUUACAAAGAAAGGUAGUAGAGUAAGAUUUUAGAAUAAUGAUCCCGCAUGCCGAAAGAACGCGGUGUACAGAUUGUUGUUGUAAGCUAAGAAUCUGGUUUGGCUUUCAUAUUAUAUGUAG